GGAGAUAUCCCAGAGUUCAGCGCGGCGCCAGCCCUUCCGCCACAGUCGCCAUUGUAGAGGAGCAGCCAUGGCUCUUCGGUAUCCUAUGGCCGUGGGCCUCAACAAGGGCCACAAGGUAACCAAGAACGUGAGCAAGCCCAGGCACAGCCGCCACCGCGGGCGUCUGACCAAACACACCAAGUUCGUGCGGGACAUGAUCCCGGAGGUGUGUGGCUUUGCCCCAUACGAGCGGCGUGCCAUGGAGUUGCUGAAGGUCUCCAAGGACAAACGGGCCCUCAAGUUCAUCAAGAAAAGGGUGGGGACACACAUCCGGGCCAAGAGGAAGCGGGAGGAGCUGAGCAACGUCCUGGCUGCCAUGCGGAAAGCUGCUGCCAAGAAAGACUAAGCCCGUCCCCUGCUGUCUCCUGAAAUAAACAGCUGCGCCCAAAAAAAAAAAAAAAAAAAAAAAAA